AAAAAAAUAAAAUAAAUUUCAAUACUAAAAAAAUUGACUGAGCUCUCCUUAUUUAAAUGAAGAUAAUGUGCUUUUUUAUGCUGGAAAUGGUCAUGUGAAUGGCUGAUCAUUGUCGGAUAAAUACACCAUUUCGAUCAAUGGCAACAAGUCCUUGAAACAAAUACACGCGAAUAUUAUGAAAAAGUUAAUGUUCAAUUAUUUUACUCCUGACUCUUUGUUCAAGGAGUAUAAAUCUCUUUCUACUAAUAAGAGUAACAAUUCCUAUUGAUUAUCAUGUUACAGAACUGAAUGCUAUAAUUUAAAUAAAAAAUACCAGUUUUUUUUAUCUUCACUGGUUCUCCUACUUUACAAUGGAUACACACUUUUUUGCUGGACUAACAAAAUUUAAAUUAGAUGCAGGAAAGUUUCGUCGUGAUGAUGAUUUCUCAGAUAGAUUUAGUCAUACGUUUACUUCGUUGUUGCUGAUUAUUUUUACUCUUAUCAUAUCGGCUCGUCAGUAUAUUGGCAAACCGAUUGCUUGUUGGGUGCCAACUGAGUUCACACGUGCUCAAGAAGAAUAUGCUGAGUCAGUUUGUUGGGUAACCAGUACAUAUUUUAUCCCAACUCAGGAUGUGAAUAUUCCGGAAAAUAUAUUGGAACGUGAAAACAGAAAAAUUCAUUAUUACCAAUGGGUUCCAUUUAUUUUAAUGAUACAAGCAUUUUUAUUUAAUUUACCCUGUUUGAUAUGGAGAUUAUUUAAUUGGCAGUCUGGGAUUCAUUUAUCCAGUAUUAUGGAAGUAGCCUGUGAAAUUGAAAUGAUUAAAGAUCCUGAAACAAGAAAGUCAAAUAUCACAUAUGUGGCAAGACACAUUGAGGAUGCCUUGAGUUCACAACGUGAAUAUCGAUCCGGCUGUGGCAUACGUUUUAAGCAUUGCUUAGCUAAAAGUUGUUGCUUAUGGUUUGGUAAACGUUACGGAAAUUAUUUGAUAUGCUUAUAUUUAAUUACAAAAUCACUGUACAUAUUCAAUGUGGUUGGGCAAUUUUUUUUAAUGAACAAAAUCUUGGGCACAAAUUAUACAUUUUAUGGUUUGGAUUUACUCCGUGAUAUCAGUGAAGGUUAUGUCUGGCAAGAAUCUGGGAAUUUUCCACGUAUUACUCUAUGUGAUUUUGAAGUACGUAAAGUGGCCAAUAAACAUAGGCAUACAGUACAAUGUGUACUGCCAAUCAACAUGUUCAACGAGAAAAUUUUUAUAUUCUUAUGGUUCUGGUUUAUAUUGGUGGCUGCUGUAAAUACAAGUAGUUUUCUAUAUUGGUCAUAUAAAUCCAGCUUUCGUGGGACGAGAAUCCAGUUCAUUAGAAAAUUUUUAAAAUUACGUGGAGCUUUAGAACCGGGUGAUAAGAAACGAACAUUGACAUUUGUUGAUUCAUAUUUAAGACAAGAUGGUGUAUUUAUUUUAAGAUUGACAGCACAAAAUGCAGGUGAACUAGUUGCUUCUGAAAUAGUUGAAAGAUUAUGGAACAUGUACAGAGUACAUCAAACUGUCACCACAACCUCCACAUCUCAACCGAUUUCUUAUCCAUUCACCCAGCAACCACAGCUACCACAACAUCAACCAUCACAUAGAUCAUCUCAUCAUCACCAUCAUCAUCGUUCUAGUACAGCAUCGAGUAGUAAUAGACGAGCAAGUCGAUCACUUACACCAGUAAGCUCUUCUGACUCAUCAGAAAUAAGAAGAAAACCGCCUCCAAGUUAUCCGGCCCAUCAUUUACGACCACCGCCAGCUAGUCCAGCAGGAAGUCAACUCCCUCCUCCUCUCCCACCGUCGCUAAGACCGUCGGCACCACCACCUCUUCCUCCAAUAUUAGGAACAACAACAUGUGGUAGUUUAGAUGGUACAAGUAGUUCUAUAACAAGUCAAAGUCAACCAUCCACAGUGACUGAAAACACUGACCAGUUUAUAAGAAUGAGGUCAGCAAUUUCAGGUAGUAUAGGAUUUGAAAGUUUAAGACCAGUUAAUAGUCAAUCAACAGAUUUACAUAAUAGCUUUGAUUUAAAAAAGAGACAACCCACUACGGAAGUUGGUUCUCUUCUAGGUACAGUUAGUGUCAAAUCUAGUAACUCCAAACAACAACAGCAAGCACAUAGUCAAAGUUCACAGAUUCGUAGUCAGUCAGAAGAAGAUCCUGGAGAAUUCGUUUAAUAUAACAUUAUUUUUCACUUUGUGGAGUAAUACAAGAAAGUGAUCAAUUUUUUCUUCAAACUCUUCUAAACUGUGAUUUUCAAAUAUUUCCCACUGAUUUUAUUUUUUUUUUUGUACAUUCAAUACCUUCCAGUUGCCUGAAUUGUUCAGCAUUUAACAAUAGUGAAUUUACUUAAAAAUUGAUUUCCUCAAGACAUUAACUCUGUUCUAGACAUUUGAAUUUUCUGUUCAAAGCGCCUCUGGUAUCUAUUUUUAAAGUCUAUUCAUAUUUGUUUAUACAGCUAUCUUUACAAUGCUUAGAUUAUUUUCAGAGUAAAACAA